GAGAGGUUUAAUUGGGCAUGGCUUAUAUUCUCCUGGUUUUCGAAGCAUGUGUUUGAACUGGUCAACAUCUAUAGUCUAAUUGUCUGGCGCCAGUCGUUUUGGUUGCCAAGAUCUCGUUCACACAGUUAGUCGUUUGUGGGUAGAAUGAAAAUUGAAGAAGUUCGGAGUACGUCGAAGACACAGCGGAUAGCUGCCCACACUCAUGUGAAGGGGUUAGGUUUAGACGAGAAUGGUACUGCACUAUCGAAUGCCUGUGGGCUUGUUGGGCAAGAGUGUGCCCGGGAGGCUGCUGGUAUUGUAGUUGAAAUGAUCCGGUCUAAGAAAAUGUCUGGGCGUGCAGUCUUGAUGGCAGGACCUCCUGGAACAGGGAAGACUGCAAUUGCUUUAGCCAUUGCUCAAGAUCUUGGAGGGAAAGUCCCGUUCUGUCCAAUGGUUGGAAGUGAAGUUUACUCCUCUGAAAUAAAGAAAACGGAGGUCCUAAUGGAAAACUUUAGAAGGGCGAUAGGCUUGCGUAUAAAGGAAAUCAAAGAAGUUUAUGAAGGUGAAGUAACCCAGUUAACACCUGUGGAAACUGAAAGCCCAACUGGAGGCUUCGGAAAAACUAUUAGUCACGUCAUCAUCAGUUUGAGAACCGCAAAAGGUGUCAAACAGUUGAAAUUAGACCCAUGUAUUUACGAGAGCCUCCAAAAAGAACAUGUUGAAGUCGGAGACGUAAUUUAUAUUGAGGCGAAUUCAGGUGCAGUAAAACGUCAGGGGAGGUGUGACGUGUACACAGCUGAAUAUGACUUGGAGGCAGAUGAGUAUGUUCCUCUGCCUAAAGGAGAAGUACAUAAGAAGAAGGAUGUAGUACAAGAUGUCACGUUGCAUGAUCUGGAUGUUGCCAAUGCUAGACCGCAAGGAGGACAGGAUAUUGUCUCAAUGAUGGGUCAACUCAUGAAACCUAAAAAGACUGAGAUUACAGACAAACUUAGAAAGGAAAUCAACAAAGUCGUAAACAAAUACAUUGAUCAGGGUAUCGCUGAACUAGUUCCAGGUGUCCUGUUUAUUGAUGAGGUACAUAUGUUAGAUAUCGAGUGUUUCACAUAUCUUCAUCGGGCCUUGGAAUCAACUAUCGCACCUAUUGUCAUCUUCGCUACUAAUCGUGGGAAAUGUACUAUUAGGGGUACUGAGGAUAUUAUUUCUCCACAUGGAAUCCCAUUAGAUUUAUUAGAUCGUGUUAUGAUUAUACGCACUUUGCCUUACUCUUGCGAAGAAGUUAUUCAAAUCCUACGUAUACGUGCACAAACUGAAGGUAUAAAAGUGUCGGAACAAGCUUUCACUUGCCUUGCGACGGUUGCCACAGACACAACUCUGCGGUAUGCUGUUCAACUUUUGACUCCGGCAUGCCGUCUUGCACAGUUGAGUGGACGAGAAGAGGUUGAACCUUCAGAUAUUGAAGAGGUAAGGUCGCUAUUCCUCAAUGCAAAACAAUCUGCUAAAAUACUUGCUGAUCAUGAGAGUCAGUUUAUGCGGUAAACUUAUUGUUAAACUGACCAAAAUAUGUAAUAAAUACAUAAAAUAUGUAAAAAUAUUAAUAAAGUGUCUUCUUUUCUUCUGAUCACUUUCUUUACCGUUCGUGCAAAUACGAUAGUUUACAGUCAUUUAUGGAACUACAGCUAGGUUGUUGACUGUCUUUCAAUACCUGUAUUGACCUGUGAUCUGUUGAUACCAAUACUCAAAUUUCUCUCACUGGGUCAGGUUGAAAUUCUGCGCUCGUUGGUUUUCGACCAUACUAACGCCAACUCAGUACGUGUAGCUCCUUACCUUAUGCUAAAUUUAUAAUUAUGUCGCAUUAUUUACACACUUUAGUUCGGACAAGCGUUGAUCAGUUAGAUGUUUUACAUAUUACUCCAUACAAAUAUAAUAUUUUUCAAACAAACUCGGAUUCAAACACAAUCUUGUCGGAAUAUUUGCGUAUUCUAGCAGCAUUCAAGUAUUUUGCUUCCAAACUUAAUGGAAUUAUUGUUAUUACUCUUCUUUUCAACAUAUACUUUUAUUCUAAAUAGGUUUGUUCAUUUCAGUUGGG